CACCGUUUCUGUUCUUUUUCGUUUCAAUUUUCUGUACAAAUUUGCAUUUUUCGUUGCUCCUAUUUGCACGUGCUACGAUAAACGUUCAAAGAAAUGUAAAAAAAAAAUGUUCUUUCACUCGUUGUUUCCUAAUGAACGUAUACGCGACGAGAGACAACGCGAGGAGACAACGAUCGAAGGUGCCGCGUUAGCUAAAGCGAGAAAAUCAUUCUGGUCGUCUGGCCAAAACCUCCGCGAGGGUAAGAAAUAAAGGACUUAAGUCCAGGUAUUUGGAUCUUCCACGAAAACCCGUUAGGUCGACAAACAGCGUCAUAAAAUGACACUGUUUGGGGUACUCCGCUCGAACGAGUGGGGAUCCCUCCCCACCGGGGAGCUCAGUGACAGAAACGAUUGAAAGCAAUUAACAGAGGGGCUGAAAAACCCAAAAAUUUUCGUUCUUUCAUUCUGCUGUGUUGCUUUAUGUGUUGCGUGCGACAAAUUGAGCGCUCUCUUCCGAAAAAGUACAUUUACGGAGCUCUCUGAAUAUUUGAUUAAACGCAGUGAUCAAUCAGCGUAAGUAACCAUUCGGGUGUUGUUCAACAAAAUCGAUAAAAAUAAAUGUUUUUGUUUUUCUUUUGUAAAAUAAAUAAAAAAUCAUUUCACAAUUUGUUUGAAUUUCGAUUGAAAAAUAAAAAUAUACAAUUCUUUUCGGAAUUCAUUGCCAUUCGAAUUUUUUUGACAGCUGCAAAUAUGGAAUGAAAUUCUUGUUUCUAUGCGUUUUACACAAAAUAAGGAAUAAAUGUAAAUGAUUAAUCCAGCAAUGAAGAUGAGCUACGACGUAACAGCGGAUAUGGAAAGCUUCGCGAGUGGAGCGACGGAAGGAAUGGGAAUGGAAAUUGCGAUGAGCUGCGCCAAUCAUCAACGCAGUAUCAACGUUCAUCCUCGUCCUCCGGCUCCCACCGCCGCUGCAAAUCCGAGAAAAAAGAGGCGAGUCAAUGCGAAAGUGUCCAAGGCUGCUUCGCAAAAGCUGCCGAAAAUGGCGCUCAUGCAGACUCUCGAUCCUCCGAUGCUAUCGGGUUACGGUGACACAAUCGUUUUGAGUAACCCAUUCGACGACGCGCCCUCUAAGACAUGUAAAACAAUGCCGUUUAACGUCGGAGGGAGCCACACAGCGCAGCAAAUGCAUGCCAACUGUAUGAACGGGCCACCGGCGAGAAGAACCGGCCCCGCAGGGCCCAUGACGAACGGGCUCGGUCCCAGAGUGCCCCUUAACGUCGGCUAUCGACCAGCCGUGCAUCCCGUUAACAACUGCGCUUACAGGCCGAUUAAUCAAUCUCCAAACAACCUCACGGGUGCCAACAACAUCCUCCGAAAUCUACCGAGUGGAACGAUGGCGAUAAAAGAGCAAAUGCGAGCGAACGAAAAUGUUCAAUUUCCAACGAUUUCUGCGAACGAUAUCGCCAUGAACGUUCCCAUGAAUAACGUCAACGUGGACACGCAGUCGAAUCAGAGGCAGCAGCUCAACGCCCAAUGCGCGCUCCUCAACAAUCAAAACAAUCAGCAAACCCAAUAUUUCAAUCAUCAGUUCAGCUCCAAUCACUUUGGCAACGAAGUCGUCAAUGUCGAACAGCUGAUUAAUGUCAAUAUGAAUAUUACGCAACCCAACCAAAUGGGAUCGUUGCCUGGAAAGAAAAGCCCCGAAUUUGGCCAGAAUAAAACUGACAAAAUGGGCCAUGGAAACGUGAGACUCGGUAAACACAAAGCCCAGCAAACCAAUCUCCAAAGAACGAUACACACGGCGCCGAAACAACACGUGAAAUGUGGAAAGACUUAUCCGGGAGAUCAACCGGUCAUCUUGAACUAUCAAAAUCCCCAUGCACCCCCGAUUUAUCCCUGUGGAAUUUGUCACAAGGAAGUGAGCGACAACGAUCAGGGUAUCAUCUGCGAAUCGGGUUGCAACUUCUGGUUCCAUAGGAAUUGCUUGGGACUUUCGGAAGCUGCCUUUCAUCUUUUGACUCAAGAAGUUUACGCCGAAUGGGCUUGCGACAAUUGUGUGCGCACGAAGAACGUACCGAUGGUCAAAUACAAAUCGUAGCCGAAGCCUUUUACCUUUUCUGUAUUUUAGUUUUCGUGCGAUUAUUCACUGCUUAUGUGGAAGUCAAUUAAAAAGUUAUGAAUAAAAUUAAUUUUCUAAUACGCCAGCAAAAAAUUUGGUUGAUUUAACCAAAUUUUCCGUCGUUAAAAAAAUGUUACGCACAAACAACGCUGCUCGUAUUAACAUGAUAUUUUCACGAUACGGUUAAAAAUUUAAAGCUUCGUGCUGCGAGUUUUUUUUCACACUUGAAUAAUCAUUCGAUUCACCACUAAAAAGGGGUAAUUGAAGGACACGGGCGGCAGCAGAGAUGCUAAUGGACGCGAAGUGACGGUUAACGGUACAGGGAACAAAGGAACAAUUUUAUUCACGUAUAAACGGCACGUUGUCAAAUCAGCAUACCGGAAAAAGAUGUAUGAAAUUGUAAAAUUUUUUAAAUAUAGAUGUUUAUUUUUUGUAAAAUAAAAUUAUUUCCCAAACGA